AUGGCUGCGCGGCGUGGUGCUGCCGGCGGCGGCGUUGUGAGCGUGUUGUUUCUGUGGCUGCUUGCGGCGGGAGGCGCUGCCGCCCAUGCCGUCGGCGCUGGCCCCGGCGAGGGGGACGCCCAGCGGGCGCUGGACCGCGUGGAGGCGCUGCCGGGGCAGCCGGCGGUGACCUUCGCGCAGUACUCCGGGUACGUGACGGUGCACGAGGGGCACGGCCGCGCGCUCUUCUACUGGCUCACCGAGGCCGACGGCGCCGACGCCGCCAGCAAGCCGCUCGUCCUCUGGCUCAACGGAGGUCCUGGAUGCUCUUCGGUGGCUUAUGGCGCAUCCGAGGAGAUUGGCCCGUUCCGGAUCAAACCCAACGGGACAGGCCUCUACCUCAACAAGUACUCAUGGAACAAAGAGGCAAACCUUCUCUUCCUGGAGUCGCCGGCCGGAGUUGGUUUCUCCUACUCCAACACUACCUCCGAUCUCAAUACUUCCGGCGACGAGAGAACCGCUCAAGAUUCGCUGCAGUUCUUGAUCAGUUGGAUGUCGCGGUUCCCGGAGUACCAGAACCGGGAUUUCUACAUCUCUGGAGAAAGCUAUGCUGGCCACUACGUCCCCCAAUUGGCAAGGAAGAUCGUCGAGUACAACAGGGCCUCACCGCAUCCCUUCAUCAACCUCAAGGGGAUCCUUGUGGGGAAUGCAGUGACAGACAACUACUACGACAACAUCGGCACGGUAACAUACUGGUGGACGCACGCCAUGAUCUCAGACCGCACCUACAAGGCCAUCCUCAAGUUGUGCAACUUCACCAGCACCAACGUCUCGAGCGCCUGCAACCGUGCAAUGACCUACGCCAUGAACCACGAGUUUGGCGACAUCGACCAGUACAGCAUCUACACGCCGUCCUGCCACACCUCCUCGGACACAUCAUACAGCAACUCCACCGCCGCAACCACCCGCCACCGUCCAGUGCUCAGGUUCAAGGACACCCUCAUCCGCAGGAGGUCUAACAGCUAUGAUCCGUGCACCGAGAACUACGCUGAGAGGUACUACAACCGGCUGGACGUGCAGAAGGCCAUGCACGCCAACAUCACCAGGAUACCCUACAAAUGGACUGCCUGCAGUGAUGUGCUCAUCAAGACAUGGAAAGACUCUGAGUUAUCCAUGCUGCCGACAUACAAGAUGCUGAUGAAGGCAGGGAUGAGGAUAUGGGUGUUCAGUGGUGACACGGAUUCGGUCGUCCCGGUGACCGCAACUAGGUUCUCGCUCAGCCACCUUGGUCUGAAGACUAAGAUCCGCUGGUACCCAUGGUACACAGCUGGUCAGGUAGGAGGAUGGUCUGAGGUGUACGAAGGGCUGACAUUUGCGACGAUCAGAGGCGCAGGGCAUGAGGUUCCAUUGAUUCAGCCAAGAAGGGCGUUCAGGAUGUUCGUGUCAUUCCUGGCUGGGAAGCUGUUGCCUGCCAAGAACUGAUGUGCAGCCUGAUUUCUAAGGAAAAGGUCUGGAAACUGUGUAACAUGGAAGGAGAGAGUAAUGUAGAGAGGUUGAGGAAUGAUUGAUUGGUGCUGGGGAAAAGGAUGAGAAGAGAAUAAGGAUGACUGUGCCAUGGAAACCAUAGGCAUUGUGUAAACGGGCAAAUAAGCUUGAAGGCCCCCAUUGUUGAUUGAUGUCUUAUCAGUUAUGAA